AUAAGACCCACUAAAACUAACAAAGAAAAGUAAUAAUACUCUUUUUAUAUAAAAAUUAUUAUAUUAUUGAUUAGAAGUAUAAUAUUUUUCUUCCCAGUUCCCACUUUCACAAUCGUCAUACCUGAUAUACAUACACUAAAUAAAAAAAAUUAGGAUAUCAUCAUCAAUUAUAGUCAUUUCUCUCACACCGUCUUUUGAGUUACCACAUAUCUAAACCAUACUUUAUUUAAGAUUGUCAGAUCAUUAUCUACCAAACAGUAACGUAGAGUGGGCAAUAACAAAGCCUAAUUUUCCUGCUAAAUUAAGUGAUUGAUGAUGAUAGAUCCUCUAUAAAUCAGAAUAAAACCCAUAAACUUAGUUAGAGAAAAAAAAAAAAAAAAAGGGGUAAGAAAAUGGGAAACAGAGUAGAGGAAGAAGUAGAAGUGAGUAGGAUAACAGAGGAUGACAAAGAAGAAAAUAGAAUGUGGCCUGUUUGGUUAAAACCCCUUUUAAAAACCAACUUCUUUGGUCAAUGUAAGAUUCAUCCUGAUGCACACAAGUGCGAGUGUAAUAUGUAUUGCUUGGAUUGUAUGAAUGGCUCUCUUUGUUCUCUUUGCUUAUCAUCUCACAAAGAUCACCGUGCUAUUCAGAUAAGGCGGUCAUCAUACCAUGAUGUGAUAAGAGUAAAUGAGAUACAAAAAUAUGUGGACAUAGGAGGAAUACAAACAUACAUAAUAAAUAGUGCUCGUAUUGUGUUCUUGAAUGAAAGGCCGCAACCUCGUCCAGGGAAAGGUGUUACUAACACCUGCCUUGUUUGUCACCGUAGCCUUCUUGAUUCCUUCUCUUUUUGCUCACUUUCUUGCAAGAUAAAUGGAACAUCAAAAAAGUUUUGGACUGAAAACUUGAAAAGGAAGAGGAUUGGAGAAACAGAACAUACAAAUUCAGACUCCGAAGAAUCCUUAAAUAACUACUACAAUGAGAAGGGGGCCAUUAAGUACAAUCACAAUUACAGUUACAGUUACAAGAAGAAGCUACAAAACUUUUCACCAUCAACACCACCAAGAACAACAUCCUCUGGCUCCGGUUCAGCCGGAGUUAAUUACAAAUCCGCCAAACGCAGAAAAGGGAUACCUCAUCGAGCUCCACUUGGGGCGCUCAUCAUCCAAUACUAAACCUAUUAAAAUGAGUGUACAAGAUAUUAUGGAGCUACAAUCAUUAGUUUAAGUUGUUAGUUAAGGUGGUUCUUCCACAUGAUAUCAUACUCCCAGGUCGUAAUAGUGCACUGUAUAUUAUACAAAGAUAGCACGUAUCUUUCUUUGGUGCAUGGUAUAUGUACAUAUGCAUAUGGGUAGUUUGAGAAAGAUAGAUCUAUAUAUACAUGUAUAAGAAAUAGAAGCAACAAGAUCGCGUUUAGAGUUUACCGUGACUUAUACACAGCUUUUUUGUUCCUUUUUAAGAACCCUUCGGUAUACACAAAAUGAUUGUAUAUAAUAUUAUGUAUACAUAUUAGUUAUA